CCUUGAAAAUUCUGUGGAGGGGGAAGCUGGGUCCAUGUUCUAGAGGCUUGGUGAAGACAAUUAUAUAAGAUUCUCUUUUCAUUCAUAAAUCUUGCAGGUAGGAGCCCUGCCCUCAGUGGGGCGCAGGCUGUGGGGGGAAGGGGCGCCGGUGCAGCCAUCGGGUCCCACGGACUGCCCCCAAUCUCCCCUAGGAGGGGCAGGUCGCAAGGUGGGCCGACCCGGAGGGGCCGCGAGUGUGCCAAAGCAGCAGCGGGAGGGAGUGCGCGCUGGCGGCUGCUUUCCCGUGCUAAGCCGAUUUACUUGUUUAAGGUCUGACCUCAUCAUCCUGUCUGUAUGGGUUCCCACCUACACGCUUAGCGGCGGCGGCAGCGGCAGCGGCAGCCCGGCCUCAGCUCCGAGUGGAUGCUGCCGAGCCCCAGAGGCAGAGCUGGGGGGAGCGGGAGGUGGGAGGCAGAGCAAGAGGGAGGGAGGGAAGGAGGGAAAGGAAGGCGCUUGCUCCCGGCACUUGGGCUUUCGUAGCCUGUUCCGAAGAGGCAGAGAAAAGAAACGUAACAAAGACUCCAUUUCCUCUCCGGGAGGGAGAGCCGGCUUUGGUCUCCCCCCCUCCCUCCCUCUCCGCCCCCCCACCCCCCCCGCAAAGAUGUCAGUGUCGGGCAAGAAGGAGUUCGACGUGAAGCAGAUCCUGCGGCUCCGCUGGCGCUGGUUCAGCCACCCUUCGCCCGGCGCCCCGGGGCCCGGAGGCUGCCCGCAGCAGGAAGGCUACGAGCACCGGGGGAGCGCGGCGCAGAGCCGGCUCAAGAGCCACUCGCGGGACAGGGGCAACGGGCUCAAGAAGAGCAGCGGCAACAGUCCCGGCCACCACAACAUCCUGGCCCCGGUGCCGGGACCGACCCCUGCCCAGCACAGAGCCGCUCAGACGUGGCAGCAGCACAGCUUGAUCGAACACUUCCGAGCCAAUGAGGACAUUCCCAAAGCAAGCCCGGAGGAGAAGCUGCUCACGCAAGGGGCACAGGAAAGCCCCCCGGAUCUGCAGAUGAUCACGGAAGAGAACCCCCAGGACGCUGCCCAAAGUUUACCUGUGAAUAACUGUCCAGCCUUAGGAAUGAAUUCUGAUGGAUCUGAGGAGUACUUUCAGUCCACCAAUCAUGCAGAGCAGACUAUCCGCAAAAUGGAGAGCUACCUCCAGCAGAAACAGCUCUGUGAUGUCUUCCUCAUCGUUGGACGUCACACAAUCCCAGCCCACAGAUUGGUGCUGAGUGCUGCAUCAGACUAUUUUGCUGCAAUGUUUACUAAUGAUGUGCUGGAAGCCAAACAAGAGGAGGUCAAGAUGGAGGGAAUAGACCCAGAUGCACUGAAGGCUUUGGUGCACUAUGCUUAUACAGGUGUCUUAGAAUUAAAGGAAGAAACCAUAGAAAAUCUACUGUCUGCAGCCUGUAUCCUUCAACUUUCUCAAGUUAUUGACGUAUGCUGCAACUUCCUCAUCAAGCAGCUGCAUCCCUGCAACUGCUUAGGGAUCCGCUCAUUUGGCGAUGCACAGGGAUGUAUGUAUCUCCUGAAGGUGGCGCAUGAAUAUACAAUGGAACACUUCGUAGAGGUGAUACAGAACCAGGAAUUUCUUCUACUUCCAGCUAAUGAAAUUGCAAAACUCAUGUCUAGUGAUGACAUUAACGUGCCAGAUGAAGAAUCUAUAUUCCAUGCUUUAAUGAUAUGGGUGAAGCAUGAUUUUCAGAAUAGACAACAACACCUGGGAAUGCUGCUAUCUUUAAUCAGACUGCCAUUACUUCCAGCACAGUUACUGGCCGAUCUUGAGAACAGUACCAUGUUCGUGCAUGACCUGGAGUGUCAGAAGCUCCUGAUGGAAGCUAUGAAGUAUCAUCUCUUACCAGAGAGAAGGUCCAUGAUGCAAAGUCCUCGGACCAAGCCACGGAAAUCUACAGUUGGAGCCCUGUAUGCAGUGGGAGGCAUGGAUGCCACUAAAGGCACAACCACAAUCGAAAGAUAUGACCUUCGUACAAACAACUGGAUACAGGUCGGUACCAUGAAUGGUCGCCGGUUGCAAUUUGGAGUCGCAGUAAUUGACAACAAACUCUACAUUGUGGGUGGAAGAGAUGGUCUAAAAACCCUGAAUACCGUGGAAUGUUUUAAUCCCGUGGCCAAAAUCUGGUCCGUCAUGCCUCCUAUGUCAACUCAUAGACACGGUCUGGGGGUGGCCAUGCUUGAAGGACCGAUGUAUGCUGUUGGUGGCCAUGACGGAUGGAGUUAUCUUAAUACUGUAGAAAGAUGGGACCCUCAAGCACGGCAGUGGAAUUAUGUCGCUAGCAUGUCAACUCCUCGGAGCACAGUGGGUGUCGCAGCAUUGAACAGCAAGUUAUAUGCUGUUGGUGGACGAGAUGGAAGCUCCUGUUUAAAGUCUAUGGAGUGUUUUGACCCUCACACCAAUAAAUGGAGUAUUUGUGCAUCAAUGUCAAAGAGGCGGGGCGGCGUUGGGGUUGCUACGUACAAUGGAUUGUUAUAUGUUGUUGGAGGCCAUGAUGCCCCUGCAUCCAGCCACUGCUCCAGGCUUUCUGAUUGUGUCGAAAGAUAUGACCCGAAGACAGACACAUGGACAACAGUAGCACCUUUAAGUGUCCCUCGUGAUGCUGUUGGAAUCUGUCCUCUUGGAGAUCGCUUGUAUGCUGUGGGAGGAUAUGAUGGACAUUCGUAUUUGAACACAGUCGAGUCCUAUGAUACACAAAAUAAUGAAUGGACAGAGGAAGUUCCUGUUAACAUCGGAAGAGCUGGAGCAUGUGUUGUAGUUGUGAAACUGCCCUAAUGAGAGCCAGCAAAUUUAAAAAGCAAACCAAAUUCCCAGCCCAUGAACCAGUGCAGGAGGAGAAGAAGAAACCAAACACAUUUGAAAUAGCAGCUGUACUUGUUUGGAGCCAAAUCAUAUCAGAUUUGGAAUAGAGUUUCUUUAUUUUCUAAGCAGAAAUUACACAUGACAGCCACCUACAAAUGUUGUCAUAGUUGAUUCAUAUAAAUCCCAGCUAAUAAACCAAGCUUCAGUCUUCUGACUAAAACUUGGUAAAAACCAAGGCAGGACAUGUUAUCAUGUGAAACAAAAUGGAGGAAGGAGUGUUGGCUUUAGAGUCACAGGACCUUGGUUCAAAUCCUGGAUCUGCCACUUGCUAGUCUUAGGCAAGUCAGUCUAUCUGGGCCUCAGUUUCCUAAGCUGUAAAAUAAAGAGGUUGGACUCUAUGACCUCUACAUCCCUUCCAGAUCUGAAUCUAUGAUCCUAUGAGUUGAUGGUCUCUAAGCCCUUACCAUUUCUGUGUCCUUCACUAAAACUUGAAGGAGACUUUAACAUGUUUUCCAAACCCUCACAGUAUUAGUAGCAGUUUUCAAUUUCAAAAACUUUCAGAAUUGGCAAAUGCUGUGGAAUUGUCCCUUGCCAAAGGAAAAAAAAGUUUGUCUGAGUACCUAAAAUAUUAUGAUUGAACAUCAGAGUGAAUAUCUGAGGCUCUAAAGUAAGAACGUUCAAAUCUCCUUAAAUUCCAACAAGACAUUCUUUUCUUACUCCAUUACUGUCUCAAAAAAUACUAAAAAUUAGUCUGUUGACCCAUACUGCUGUUAUGCUAAUUGCAGUAUGCUAUCUUCUUCAUGAAAAUAAGAGUUCUUUACUCACCAUCUGCUAGGUCUUACUCACCAAUUGAAUUGGACUUUCCUUAUAUUUAAUUGUGGAAGAGAUCUGGUAGCAAGAUAUAGUUAGGGGCCUUUCAUAACCAACUCACACAUUGAAAAAAAAUACAGUAUUUGUCACAUCAAUACAAACUAUGAUUUUAGCUUCAAAGCACCACCUGCUACCAAGAGAGAGUGGGUAGUAAGCUCCUAAAACAUGCCUGGGAACUCAGUGAUUAUCAACCAUUAAUUAUGUUCGCUAAAAAUUAAAUAAAAUUAUGAUUGAAAUUCAAAAUGGAGAUAAGCUUCAUAGAAAGUUGGCAAUCACUCGGAAACACCAGUGUUCAACAUGCAUGAUUGUUUCUACAGUUUUCUUUCAUAUGUCAGUUUAUAUGAAGUUGAUUUUCCUUGCCAUUGCUUUUGAUAAUUUCAGUCUUGUAAGGUUCCAAUAAGGAACAUUUAGAAUGUACAUCUAAUCAAGUAUAAAAUUGUAGUUGGGUAGUGACCAUUUUGACUUUAAAAUUUACCUUUCAUUUAGCUAUAAAAUCAUUCAAGAUAAAUCAUUGAGAAAGUCUCCUUUUGACAACUUUGCAGGUUGUGAAAUUAGAUUUCAUUUUCAGAUUAUGAAUGAAUACACGUUACUUUCAAUCAGCUUUUUACCAUUGGUUGUUUAAAAAAAAAAAAAAACUUUUCAGAAUCUUCACGGAAUGAUACAGAGAGUGAAUCAUCUUUAUUGGGUUUUAAUGUUACAAUGGAAUUGACACAAAGUGAUAUUUGGAAUUUGGUAAGUGGAAUUCAAAUAAACGUGGCUUUCUCUGAUAGAA